GCUGAUUGGCUGUGACGUCAUGUGUGACGUGUGUGAGAUAAAUCUGCUCCGUGCUUUUAUUGUGUAAAUGUUACCGGAAGUGGCGGUCGUUUCCGACUGCGGCUGUCUUGACGGAUGUUGCGUCACUGUAGCCUCAAACCAGGCAGAGUCGAGCCGAACCGAGCGGAGCCACCGAACCGGACCAGAUGAACACCGGGACUGAACCGGAUUAAGACCUGGAUCGACAACACGGAACCUCCCGGGACGAGAAGCGGAUCGAACCCGGAGUGUGGGAGCGUGUCCGCCGCAGAGAGGUCGCCUCGUUAGCCGGGCUCAUUCAAAAUGGCCGAUGCCGAGGUCUCCCUGUCCCCGGCUCUGCGACCACUCCAACUUAGCCCCUCCCACUCUUCCCCGCCUCCUCCGCCUGCCUCCUCCUCCCCCACCACCUUCUCUUGCCCCUCCUCCCCGUCCAGUGCUUCCUCUUCCUCCUCUUCCUCCUCUUCUUCCUCCUGCUCUGAGAGCUCCUCAGAUUGCCCCAACCACCACCACCACCAUCAUCAUCAUCACCAUCAUCAGCCCCGCCCCCAGCUGCAGCUGCCCCCGCCCUCCCCUGGCGAGCAGCCGUCCUCCCCCAGCGCCAGCCCCCGCAGCUCCUCGCCCAGCGGGAGCAUUGGCAGCACCGGCAGCCUCGGCAGCAGCAGCUGCGCCAGCGAAGGCUUUGGCAGUAGUGGCGUGUCAAGCAGCGGCGGCGGCGGCGAACCGCGAGGCCAGAGUCCACCGCUCGACGUGAUCUCAGAAGACGCUAUGGAAAUGGACCUGACAGUUGACCAAGUGAUCGACCCGGAAGUCGCCCUGAAGGCCUGUCAGGAAGUUCUGCUCCAGGUGCAGCUGCAGAGCAGAGACGGGCCUGAGCAGCAGCUGCAGCAACAACAACAACGACAACAACAACAACAACAAGUACAACAACAACAGCAGCAGCAACAACAAGUACAACAACAACAGCAGCAACAACAUCUACAACAGCAGCCACAACAACAACCACAACAGCAACAGCAGCUCACGGAGCAGACGCAGUCGGAGCAGACGCAGUCGGAGCAGACGCAGCGCUGCAGUCCUCAGUGGAUCGUCAGUCCAGACACCAGCUCCAUCAAGGAGGAAGAUGAGGAGGAGGAGGAGGGACCAGAACAGACCCCGCCUCAGGCAGCCCGACUGCCGUCCUCCUCGUCGAGGGGGUCAUCUUCGUCCAAACAGUCGUGGCUGCUGCGCCUGUUUGAGUCCAAGCUGUUCGACGUCUCCAUGGCGAUCUCCUACCUUUACAAGUCGAAGGAGCCCGGCGUGCAGGCAUACAUCGGGAACCGACUGUUCAGCUUCUCCGACGGCGACGUGGAUGUGUACCUGCCACAGCUGCUCAACAUGUACGUGCACAUGGACACGGAGGUGGGAGACGCCAUCAGACCGUACCUGAUCCACCGCUGCAGAUGCAGCAUCACCUUCUCUCUCCUCACCGCCUGGCUGCUCGGUGCCUACUCCUCCGACAUGCACAUCUCCACUCAGCGUCACUCCAGAGGAACCAGGCUGAGGAGGCUCAUCCUGUCUGACGAGCUCAAACCGUCCGACACUCACGUGAGUGACAGUCCAGCGCCGUCGCCGUCUGACCGCCGCCGCCACCGCCGCCACAACAGCAGCAGCGUGGAGGACGCGUCCGUGCCAGGGGAGGCCGAGGUCGUCGCCUCCCCGUCCAGACGGACGCACCAGAGAUCCAAGUCGGACGCCACCACGAUGAGCAGUGUGUCUGGCGCUGGCCUCCGCCGCUCGGGGAGCAACCCCAAGAUCCACGAGGAGCCCGAGCGUCUUCGUCCUCAGAGGGAGUUCGUCAAGUCUCUGCUCUGUAUCGGGAAACGUUUGGCGACGCUUCCGACCAAAGAGCAGAAGACGCAGCGUCUGAUCUCAGAGUUGUCGCUGCUCAACCACAAGCUGCCGUCCCGCGUGUGGCUGCCGACGGCCGAGCGGCAGCACCACGUCUGUAGGAUCCCGCACACUCAGGCCGUGGUGCUGAACUCCAAAGACAAGGCUCCGUAUAUCAUCUACGUGGAGGUUCUGGAGUGCGAGAGCUUCGAGACAUCUCCGAUUCCCCUUCGAAUCCCGGAGACCCGGAUCCGCUCGGCUCGUUCUGCAGAGAACCUGGACUGCGGUGGCGGCGGCUCGACCAACGGGAUGACGUCGGAGCACAGAGCAGGAAGUUUCUCCACCGUCCCAAACUACGACAACGACGACGAGGCGUGGGCGACCGACGACAUCGGUCAGCUGCAGGUGGAGGCCGAGGCUCAGACCAGCAGCAGUGACAACAUCAGUCAGUUCUCAGUCGACAGCAUCACGAGUCUGGAGAGUAAAGAGCCGGUGUUCAUCGCCGCUGGAGACAUCAGACGCCGUCUGUCUGAGAACCUGGCUCACACUCCGACAGCGUUCAGACGAGACCCUGAGGACCCGUCGGCCGUUGCCCUCAAAGAACCCUGGGAGGAGAAAGUCAGACGGAUCAGAGAAGCGUCUCCGUACGGUCACAUGACCAGCUGGAGGUUACUGUCGGUCAUCGUCAAGUGUGGAGACGACCUGAGGCAGGAGCUGUUGGCCUAUCAGGUGCUCCGACAGCUGCAGUUGAUCUGGCAGCAGGAGCGAGUUCCUCUCUGGAUCAAACCCUAUAAAAUCCUGGUGAUGUCAUCAGACAGCGGGAUGAUCGAGCCUGUCCUCAACGCUGUCUCUCUGCACCAGGUGCGUAAGCAGAGCCAGAUGUCGCUGCUCGACUACUUCCUGCAGGAACACGGCAGCUUCACGACCGAGGAGUUUCUCACGGCGCAGAGGAAGUUCGUCCAGAGCUGCGCUGGCUACAGCCUCAUCUGUUACUUGCUGCAGGUCAAAGACAGACACAACGGGAACAUCCUGCUGGACUCUGAAGGUCACAUCAUCCACAUUGACUUCGGCUUCAUCCUGUCCAGUUCUCCUCGUAACCUGGGCUUCGAGACGUCAGCCUUCAAACUCACCUCCGAAUUCGUUGAUGUGAUGGGCGGACUGGAUGGAGACAUGUUCAUCUACUACAAGAUGCUGAUGCUUCAGGGUCUGAUCGCCGCCAGGAAGCACAUGGAGAAGGUUCUGCAGAUCGUCGAGAUCAUGCAGCAAGGUUCCCACCUCCCCUGUUUCCACGGCUCCAGCACCAUCCGCGGCCUGAAGGAGCGUUUCCACAUGUCCCUGACGGAGGAGCAGCUGCAGCUGCUGGUGGAGCAGCUGGUGGACGGGUCCAUGAGGUCCAUCACCACCAAACUGUACGACUCCUUCCAGUACGUCACCAACGGCAUCAUGUGACCAUAGACGUUCUUCAGACCUUCAGUUCCUCGGACUCACGACCAACUUCCUUUAAAAACUAAGACCAUGUAGGAUUCGACCUGAACCAGCUGUUCUAUCGUCAUGACGACACAGGAGCCGGAGAGGGAAACGGGUUCGUAGGUAACACUGCUGCCAAGAGGAUUUGGUGAAAGACAGAAAUGUAUUUUGAUCGCUGAUAAAAACAUUUUACUCAUUUAUUGAUUUAAAAGGGCAAACAUCAAAAAGAAAACGUGAAGCUUUAGCUUCUUCUUUAUCUCUACGAGUGAGACGCUGCAGCCUGACACUACAGGAUCUUUUCUGUUUCUGUCUUUACGAAUAUCUCUGACAUUUAAUAUCUCACUAGUACGAGAGCCCCGUAUUUUAAGAUCUUCAGUGAAGUUAAAUCCUCAGACUUCACUGACUGUGGUUGAAGUUCAACAGCAGCUGAUCGUUACCCGCUCGCGUCAUGAUUAAACGAUUGUCUCGACCUGAACAACAACAGAGUGAAGGAAAUCUAUUGUCUGUGAAAUAAGUUCUGACAGAAGAACAGGAACUUUGUGUUGGUUCUUUAUCGCUGAUUGUUUUCACCAGACAUUAAAAACACAAUGGUUGAAUAUCAUUUGAUGACGAGCGUGACAAUAAGGCCCAGUAGUCGAUUAAAGGAUUGUUAACGUGUCGAAAUCGAGAUGCUUCUAAACUGUCCUCGUUUUUUUGAGUCCACAACAAAAUAAUACAAACCUCAGUUUGGUACAAGAACAAUAUUGUUUUUAUUUAUCGGCAGCGUUUGUUUCACAUUAACAAAUUUUAUUGUUCGUCUGUUAGUUGAAUAGUUUCCUGUUCAGUUUGAACAGCUGAGCUGCGAUGAAACGAUCCUUCAGCAGACGACUUUACACAUGUGUAACUGUGUGUAACUGUACACGUGUGUAACUGUGUGUAACUUUUUAUAUGUGUGUAACUGAACAUAUUUCACAGUUUGUGUCUGUAAACGAUAUGUUUGCGUAUUUAACAAACUCACGACACAAGUUACAUUCCUGUGAUCAACGAGAGCGACGGACUCUGGUGACCAGUUUCCUGAAGAUGUGAAUGUUGUUGCUAACGCUAACAGCUUUAUUCCAGUGUGUUACAGCUGUGUGUUCACAUAUUGUUUAAAAAUAUACUUCAUCUUUGUCAAAGAGACACAUGAAGUAUAUCUUCAUAUUAAAAUACUCUGUUUCAGAUUCACGCAGCAGCGUUGGCUAGUGCUACCUGAAGUAGCAGAGGCUAGUUAGCCGUUAGCUUGUCACUGCUCUUGUGCUGCACAUUUAUAAUGAAGUUGUUGGUUAUUUCUGAUCAAGGUAAAAGGACGUAAAGGUAAAGGUGAGGUUGUGAUUGACAAAGUGAACAAUGUGACUUUAGAAGUGUGGAGAAAAAAAAACACUACACAUUGUUUAGCAAGUAUCUAAGACGAGUUAUUGUCAUACUAAUGCUAACAAAUAGCUGCAGUGUCCAGUUUAAGAUGAUGUGACUGUGUAAAGGUUUUUUUGUCUAUUAAUUCAGGUGUUCAGAAUGAUAAGACAUUGUCAUUUUUCAUUGGACACCAUUUACCUAAUGCUAACUUCUUGCUAACAGCUGCCUCGUUUUUAUUUUGCUAACUGGUCAGUUACAGUUCGUAAAACCAACAGUGUAAAUAAAAUUGAACAAAGCUUUUAAUCAUUGUGUACAAACCGAAGUCAGUGGUUUUAAAUCUAUAUUCCCAGACUUCUGUUUAACCAUUAGCAUGACAAUGGAUCUUUUGUCUGUCAAAUAUAAAAUCUAAGAUUUCAAUUUUACAUUUUGCUCUAUUUGUAUUCUCAUAUAUUUUUUUAUUCUCGUGUCUUGAACUGCGACAGGAAUAUUCACUUAGUGAAAUUGUGUUUUUCUGUCCAGGUGGAAAUGUACAUAAUUAAAAUGAACCAUAUGACUAAAGACGAUGAACUGGAACAAAGCCAGAGUUGGUUGUUCUGAACGUUUUCUGUUUGGGCCACUAUUGAAGGAGAAGCGUAGUGUUACCUUCUGCUAACUGUUAGCCUGCUACACUAUGUGCUUGACGAAGACACAGCUGUAAACUCAAGUUAACCAGAAACGCAACUUAAAUAGCAACUACUCUUCUUUCUUUCUCUUCCUGUGUGAAUAUGUAUUUAUGUAAAUGAAGUGAAGAUCUGAUGCCUUUGGACCAACAGAAGCUACAAACUCUUUAUCAAUGCAACAGGACGACGACGACGUUCAGGCGUCACGCCUGAUGACUGCUCUUCUAUCUCCACCGCUUCAGGGACGAGUUUCAGCACGUUAGCGUCUCCUCUCCUGCAUCAGUCACGACAGAGAUAAAACAUUUAUUCAUAUCAAGUCAUUUCAUGACUCAGCUGUCAAAUAUGAAACAAAGGCAAAACAUCUUUGAACUUGAAGCUGCUUCAGUUGUAGUUUUGUGUCCGGAGACGACGACGCUUCAGAUGAAACUCGUCCCUGAGACAAAACCUUUCAUUGCCUUUACAAUCUUCUCUGAUCACGUUCGAUGUAAAAACCUCUGAAGUGCAUUUAUUCUGAAUGACAAAGUCUUUAUCGUCUGUAAACGUUUGUUGUCUUGUUUUUUAAAAUUUAGCUUUGGUCCUAAAUGUUUUAACACUAAAUCCAUUAAACGACGUGUUCAGUGUUAUUGAGGCUUUGACAGACGACGACCCGUCAAUAAACCUGACGCCUGUUUCUGA